CAUCUAGGUAGCAACUCUUCCAUUAUUCCUACCAUGAGGCUCAUCACUUGUGUCGGAGUAUGGCCGGAACUAAACUUUCAAGACACUGUAUAUCUAACUAAACAACCAUCAACGAUGAUAACAUCCUAAAAUCUUCAAACCAUCAUUCACGUAUGUGCAUAUUGUUCCUCAGUCUAUAGGGCAUGGAGGGUUUUUUCCUUAUAUGAACGAAAUACUAUCCCUAGGGCGUCUAUGAUAAGGCCAGGUUCAAAGAGAGGGCUGCGACUCUUCAUAAGACAAGCUGGUCUUGGUAGUGCCUUCUUGUGAGGGUAGUAGACUUGCGACCGAGUAUUCCCCCGUCUAGGCCAUAUGGAAAUCCAGAGCAGAUUUGGCGAAAAAAAUGCGUGAACUCAUUCGAGGCAACUGUAUUGUCGGCCUGGAGUUGAUGCUGACUGACUGGUGCGUAUCAGAGGGACGAAGCAAGUUUGAAAUUCGAGGUUCUCGGUUGACCAUUUAUACCAAACGAACAUUUCUGGAACGCAAUUCUCUAGGCCUUCGCUCUGCGUUUUGGGAGUUAAGUUGCUUGAAGAGCAGCCAACUUGGGGGAAGGUCAUUGGGUACUCAGUAAAGUAUAUAUAUAGAUACCUGGGUUUCAAAUAGUUAUCUGGGCGCACUUGACGGAGUAGUAAGCUCUAUCGAAGAAAAGAGUGCAUGAGCACACUUGGCAGAUACAGUAGUACACAAUAGGUACCUAAGGGAGAGAGAUGCACAGGCAAAUUGAAAAUGCGAUGCAGUGGUGGCCCACUCUUUGCACCGAUCGGGAGGUUCGGAUAGGACUUGUACCGUUUUGGUUGGAGAACUGACCGACGGACUGAUCGCACCCGGAUCAACCGAAUUAGAGGGGAAGGGGGAUGGAUCCUUUCGUGAUCAGCACGUAAAGCCGAAAGGAGGAGGUUUCGCUACACAGUACAGAAUUACACCAAGGCAUAGGUAUACUG